AUGUAUGAUGUCCAGUUUUCGUACUCCGCCGCCAUCACGGCCUGCAAGAACUGCGGACAGUGGGAAACAGCGCUGGGCCUCCUGGACGACAUGAGGAUGAGGGGGCUCGGCAGGGACAGGCACUCGCUCAACGCCGCAAUCGCCGCCUGCGCUUCCGCCGGAAGGUGGAAGCCCGCCGUGGAGAUUCUGGAGGGGAUGGAAGAGAAAGGCCCCAGCCCGGACGUCUUCACCUAUGGCGCCGUCAUCGACGCCCUCGCGCACGGGGGAGAGGUGGACCUAGCGCUCCGCACCCUCAAGCGCAUGCGGUCCGACCCUUCCCGCUACCCGGCUCCGAACACGGUGUGCCACAACGCGGCGCUCAUGGCCCUCAUGCGCGACGGCCGGUGGCGUGAGGCCCGCGGCCUCCUGUCUGAGGUGGCCUCGGCUACUCCCGCGACGGGGGGGGGCGUGGAGUUGGAUUUUUUGUCGUAUAACACGGUGAUCCGGGCGUGCGCGGCCGCCGGGGAGGCGGAAGAGGCCCUCAAGACGAGAGAAGAAAUGCGCGCCGCCGGCAUCCCCGCCGACGCCUACACCUACGAGGCGCUGUCCACGGCGUGCGGGUCGGCCGGCGACUGGGAGGCGGCGGAAGCGGUCGUGCGCGAGAUGGUGGCGUACUCGAGGGCCGGGGAGUGGGAGCGGGCGCAGCAGUGCCUGGACGACAUGCGGCAAGGGUCGGGGUGGCUGCCGGAGGAUGAUGGGCAGGAGAGGGUCGGCGCGGGGACUGGGGUGAAGCCAGAUAGUACGAGCGUGGGGUGGGCGAUCCAGGCUUGCGCGGCUGCGGGGCAGUGGGACCGCGCGCUCGCGACGUUUUCGGGUGCGAAGUCCGACGGCAUCCAGCCCGGGCAGCUCUGCUUCGACGCGGCGCUUCGGGCUUGCGCCGUCGGGGGCCAAGGGGCUCGCGCGACGUCGCUGUUGGCGGAGAUGGCGACGCUCGAGUCAGAGCACCGGUUGGCAAGGCUAGGGGAGGAGGAAAAAGCCUCUCCCUCUUUGGGAGCUAACAAUCAGGGUGUAAGGACCGUGCCCCAGCCGUCGGAAGACGACGCCGCGCCACGCCGGAGCACGGACAGCUACCGGCUUGGCAUGGAGGCGUGUCGGAGGGGCGGGGACGCGAGGGGGGUGAUGUCGACGUUCGUCAUCAUGGAGGAGGAGGGCUUCGAGGCUGACGUGGAGGAGGCGGAGGAGGAGGCGGCGUCAAGGUCGGCGGAAGCCACGCAGACGGCCGCUGCAGCGGAGAUGCUUCCGUCGUUGUCGCCGGCGAUCUACGCCGCCGCGGCGAACGCCCUGGCUGACGUCGGGGAGUGGGAGUGGUGCCUGGUUCUGCUCGAAGAGCUGGAACAGCUGGACGCGGAGCAAGACGACGGUGCGACGGGCGCUACUGCCACUUCUACGGCCGCAGCUCUCAGCCCACCACCACCCGCAGGAGUAGCACUAGCCAGCGCUGGCGACGACAACAACGGCGAAGAACAAGAAGCCCCUGAAACGGUGCUCCGUGUGGAGUUGGACGAGAACGGCGCCCUGGCCGCCCCCGCUACCGCUACCUCCCAGAAGGAGGGGUCGGCGCCGGAGGCCGCCGCCGCCGCCACCGCCGCCGCGUACACCGCCGCCGUGCGCGCGUGCGGGGAGGGCGGCGCCGGCGUCCAGACCGUGGUUGGGGUCCUGGAGCGCAUGCGGUGGGUCGGGGUCGAUCCCGGGGAGGAUGCCUACGCCGCGGCGGUUUCGGCGUUCCGCGCCUGCGGCGGCGGCGGCGCCCGGGAAGGGGAGGAGGGUUCGGGCCGCGGCGUGUUGUUUGCCGAGGAGGCCGCGAGAGCUCUUGUUGAGCACGAGACAGGCCGCGAUGGCGCCGCGGACUGGGCGAGCCCGUUUUUGUACAGGAUGCUCUUCGUCGAGGGCCGUCGCGCCGCCGGCGUCGCGACCGACGACGCGGCCGAGGUUGCCGCCGCCGCCGUCGCCGCCGCCGCCGCCGCCGCCGAUUCCGGCACCGCCCCGAAACGCCCCGCGCGCGUCAACGCCGGCGUGGAGGCCGUGUACAUGUCGUGCCUGACGAUGUGUGCCGCGGCGGGCGACGGGAGCCUCGCCCGAGACGUGCUCAGGUGGAUGAAGCUGGAGGGUUUCCAGGCCAGCGAAGAGGCGUACAUGCUCGCCAUAGAGGCGUGCUGCAACCCGGCCGUUCCUCAGGACUCCCCCGCCGCCCCACAGCAGCCGUCGUCCUUCACCACACCGCCGGCGACAUCGCGGCAGCGGCUGCCGUUGCCUCCCCCCACCUUUGCGAGCGGGGCCACGUCCCCGGAAGACCUUGCGGGCGUCAGGCGAAAGCUGUUCUCGGAGGGGGAAGCGCCGGAGAGCGAACAGCACUCCGCCGCCGCUGCUACGAGUGACGUCGUCACGGGAAUUCCUCCUCCUCCCCGUGAUGAUGGUGAUGACGGCGUCGCCGCGGUGUUGCGGCCAGCCACCGCCGGCACCUCCGUCCCGGGCGUCGGGGACCCCGCCUCGUCGGUAGACGAGGACGUCGAGCGGGGACGGGUUGCCGAGGAGAUGCCGGCUGCGGCGGCGGCGGCGGCGGCGGCGGCAGAGAGCUUGAACCAGCAGCGACCACAGCCGCCGCUGGGCGAGGAGGAGGAGAGGAAGGCGGAACGGCGGCCGGAGUUGGAGUGGGUCGUCAUCCCGGGGGGAAGGGUAAGCCCACCCGAGUUCGACGAAGACGGCAACGAGAAAAAUGUCACCCCCCCGGGAACCAUGGGCGGCGCCGCUUGGGCCACAGGCGGAGCUAAGGCGGGCCCCGGGGGCAGUGGCGCGGUGGGCUUCGGCGGCGGUGACGGUGCACCGUUCCCGCGGGAGGGAGAGGCGACGACGGCGGCGGCUUCUCGGCGGGAUGGCGACGGCGGUACUACGUCGCCGGCGUCCGCUAGAGCGGAUGUUUCCCGCGCCGGAGCGGUAAACGUGUUGUCGCCGCUGGCGGCGGCGGCACCGGCGGCACCGGCGGCGGCCGGGGGGGGUAGAAGUAGCGGUCAACGACUAACACCUCGCGUGGACCCUGACGCAGCAGUAGUUGCUGCUGGGAGCAGCAGCACCCCCACCGCCGCCGCAGCAGACCAAGGCGGCAGCUCUUCCGUGCCAGGCAGCGGGGCAUCAAGCACCGAUAGCAAUAGGUCCGUGAACAACAGCAGCAACGGCAGGGGCGGGGGGGGCGCGGACUGGGAGCGGGCCAGGGCUAUACUGGACGACAUGACGGCCGCGGACCACCUACCGCCGCCCCCGGAGGAGGCGUUCCGGGCCGUCCUCGGCGCCUGCGACUCCGCGGGGAGGGUCGGGGAGGCCCUGGAGAUCGCCCAGGUGAUGGUCGGCGCCGGGUUCAGCCCCAGCAUUUCCCUCAUGACCCGGCUGAUAGCGAGCCACGCCGACGAGUUGGAUCGAGAGCGCAGGGAGAUGGAGGAGGCGGCCGCCGAGCCCGCGGAAGAAUGGGGCGAGACUUCGUAGACGUAUUGUUUCGCACGGCCGGGGGCUGGGGGGGGGGGGUGCGCGAGGAGGCGAAGAAUUGGACUGGAAAGAUGACCAUACUUUGUCUGUUUCUUCUUGGGAACGCGCGUUGUUGCACGACGUGAAGUAGUAGUUGUUCGGAUCACGUCACGACGGUUGUUGUUGCACUUGGGAAGGUUUUCUGCAACAGAGUUGUGGUCGAGUCCCGCCCGCCGUGCUUGCACGAACCUGUCCUAUCCCUCGGACCUACCUUUGGUGUGUGCAUCGCGUGACAGCACGCUGCACUAAAGGAGUGCUGUAGGCUUCCAAUGGCGGUGGUCCUACAUGGGAAAUCUCGGCAGAGGCCCUCUAACCCGGCUUCUCCGUCAAUUCGGCCCUUGGGGCGCACUCAAAUUCCAUACGAGAGAAGCGCAGCAGGGGCAGCGAAGCCUUGACCUCACUGCCUCUAUAUAUUCUGAGGAGAUCAGACGAGAAGGGACCACAUGCAUGCCGAGUCGGCAUGACACCUAGCAAACGUGUAAACGCAUCCUUCGAUCGGCCGACCGGUGAGGCGCCCCUGCGGCAUUGGCGAAAGAAAGUCUCGUUCACGCGCAGUACUGUAGUCACACCAAAGCAAGGCCUUAGUACUAGGGAAUCGUCAAUACAACGGGCGGGCUGAACACGGGACCACGUUUAUUGGGCAGAUACGUCCUGAAGUCGACAACACGCAACUUUUGCUGACCACAGGUUGGUGAGCUAAUAAAACAGGCCAGGCUCCUGCAGCAGCUUCAUCUUGUGAGCUUAAUAUUGUGUUUGCGUGAACGAGUACGUUGUUUGGGGUAGCGGGUGCCGCGCGCCGCCAGAAUGGGUGCCUGUCUAUGUCGAGUGUGCGGCGGGGCUGUCCGUCUCACUUGUUCAACUACCGUUCGUGACAUCGCACGAAGAAGAUAAAGAUACAUCGCUAGAAUACGCAUUCGGUUCGCGUGUGUUGUCAUUCUAGCCGCAGGACUGACGUCCAUACUUCAGCCCACAACCACCGCGGUCGAUGCUACUAUAGUUAACGACGCACAUGCACGCACACCAACAACAAUUCGACUCAAAAACAAUACGUUGACAGCAAGCGUCCUGUCCUUUCUUCUAGCCGUUACGUACCACGUUUUUCUCGACUUCGCCGUUCAGCGCCACAGCAGAACCUACAGAGACAAGUUCCACGAAGUGCCGCCUAACGAUCGCUGGCAUCUGAUACUUCCAAAGAUGAACAUUCACGAUACUUCGAUACUACGU